AUGAGCUUGGAUCGAGAAGGUUACCUUCGCAACUUGCGCGAGCUCGAGGCCGGCCGCGAAGUCUUUUUGCGGCCCUUGGAGCUGGAAGCAACGGCAGACGAUGUGCGCGAUAUCGUGGUUCAGCGAUGUGGCGAGGAUUCUGUUGCAAUUGAUCGGGUGAAGCUGGUCAAGCAUGCUGGCGGCUCCUUGCUGUCGGCUUUCGUGACUCUGAGCAGUGUGCAAGAGGCCAGGCUGGUUACUCAGCGACUCGACGGCGCCAAGGUUCGUGGCAAGGUCCUCGCAGUCAGUGUGGCGCGGAACCAGGGGCAGAGUCGUGUCAAGGAGAUCUGCAUGUUCUUUCUGGAGGGCAAGUGCCAGAGAGGGCAGCAGUGCCAAUACCUGCACGACGCGACGGGUCGAGGCAGUGGACGCCGCUUACCUCCCUGCCGCUUCUUCGCUGCAGGAAGCUGCUCGCGUGGUGAGAACUGCAAGUUCUCGCACGAGAGGCAGGAUGAUGCCGAGGAGGCGGGCACGGCGUGGGAUGAUGUCGAGGAGGCCGGGGAGGUGCAGCAGACGGAGGGGCUGACGAGCAAGCACAAGCGCUUGAAACACCCGCCUGAUCCCCCACAGACAAUAAAAAAGAAGAAGACGAAGGACGAGGCCACCAUUUCGGCCAAGACGGCUCCUAGCUCCCGACCAAGCCGGGAAGUGCAAAAGAGGACCAAGGCAAGAAGAGUGCCGGAACAGGACGGAGGGGAAGGCGACCCACACAGCGAUUCUCUGAAAGCGGAGCUGAAGCGCAAGCACAGAGCAAGAAACGCUUCGACUCAGUCGGAAGCCCCGGUCCCCCAAGAAGAGACGUCUGAGAAGAAGCAGAAGAAGGUUCGGCGCAAGACCGCGGCCCAGGAUCUUCCAACCGUUCCCACCGCUGCGCCGGCAGCCAAGGGUCAGAAGCCAAAAAAGAAGCGGAACAAAAAGCUACCAAAGGCUGCAGCAUAG